CCGCCUGAACCAACUACAUCGCGUACACCAACACAACUCUUUCCGGCUUCCACACACUUCCCGUCCGCCCAUGGCCGCCGCGCCGUCCGCCCCGCACCGUCGCGUGGUCAUCUGCGGCGGCGGCGUGGUCGGCGCAUGCACGGCCUACUUCCUCUCCACCCACGCCGCCGCCCCGACCGUCCCGACCCUCGUAGAGAAGUGCGCCCCGGCGUGCGCCGCCUCGGGGAAAGCCGGCGGCUUUCUCGCCCUCGACUGGUGCGACUCCACCCCGGCCCUCUCCGCGCUCGCGCGCGCCUCCUUCGCGCUCCACCGCCGCCUCGCCGCCGCCCUCGACGGCACCAACGCCUACGGCUUCCGCCCCGUCCACACGCUCUCCAUCUGCCUCCCCUCCGAGGCCCGGUCCUCCUCCCCGCACCCGCUGCUCCCGCCCUGGGUCGACCCCUCCGCGUCCGCGGCCCCGCCGCGGGAGCUCGGCACCCCGGACACCACCGCGCAGGUCCACCCCGGGCUCUUCACAAAGGCCGUCCUCGCCGCGUCCGGCGCCGAGGUCAUCAUCGACGAGGUGGAGCGCGUGGUGGUCCGUGACGGGCGCGUCGCCGGCGUCGCGGUGAAGGGCCGCGGAGUGGUGGACGCCGACGCCGUGGUGCUCGCACUCGGCCCGUGGUCCGGGCGCCUGGAGAUGGUCAGGGAGGUGUUCGACGUGUCCGGGCUCAAGGCGCACAGCAUCGUGCUCCGGCCGCGCGAGCCCGAAAAGAUCACGCCACACGCCCUGUUCCUCAGCUACCAGCCGGAGCCCGGCGCCAAGAUGCUCGACCCCGAAGUGUAUCCGCGGCCCACCGGGGAGGUGUACAUAUGUGGAAUGAGCAAGGACGAGGACGCGCCGGACGAUCCAGCGACUAUCGCGGGUGAACCCGACUCGAUUGCAAUGCUGCACAAGAUCGCCGGGAAGGUGUCCAGGCAGCUGAGGACGGGGGAGGGGGCCAAGGUGGUCGUGGAGCAGGCGUGCUACCUGCCGUGCACCACUGACGGGCUGCCGGUCAUCGGGGAGAUGCCGGGGGUGAAGGGGUGCUAUGUGGCCACUGGGCACAGCUGCUGGGGCAUCCUCAAUGCUCCAGCCACCGGCGCGGCGCUGGCAGAGCUCAUCCUUGACGGCAAGGCGAAGAUCGUCGAUCUUGCACCGUUCAGCCCGGCAAGGUUUCUCAAGAGAAGGAGCAGGCGUGGAGCGUAGCCGUAUGAGGUGCUUGAUGUGAAGGUUCAGACUUGCAAGUUGCAACUGAAUAAAACUGCUCUCGCUUGUGCCCUUACUCCUUAGCGAGGAGGGAGUUACAGAACAUGUAUCACUGAAUAAAUCAUGAAUGCUUGCUGUUCUUUACUUGUGCUAUGUUACAAAUGAUUCUAUCUUUCUAGUAACAAGAGUGUUCAUUUGGCUGGU